AGCCUUUGACCUCAGCCCUACCCUCCUGACCAGCUCCAUCCCCCACUCCGGCCUCUGGAACCUCAGUCUGAUUUAGAGAAAGGAACCAGUUUCAGAGGGAUUGCCUCAGACCACACUACCUCCACCUGCCCAGCCCCGUGGAAGAUUAGCGACCAUGUAUUCCAGUGCUUUGGGGAGAAGGUUGACACGGGGCUGGAAGUGAGGUGGUGGAUCCAUCAUCAUGGCUCUUCUUGUGCUUAACAGAGCUCCAGCGCCUUCCUCUCACUUCCAUUCAUGGUUCCAAAUGUGCAGGAAACAGAAGACAACUGGGAUGAGUGGUGGACACCACGAUUCAUUCUCUCUCUCCUUCACCUACCAGAGCAUUGGGACUACAGGCCUGUGCCAGCACACCUGCUUCCCUGUCACAUUUUCUAAAAAGAAGGUUUCUCUUCUCUCCGUGCUGCUCAUUGGCCUCUGGGGCAGUGUGGCCUGUCAAGGGAACCCUGUGGAGGACAUCUGCGUGGCGAAGCCGAGGGACAUCCCUGUGAAUCCCAUGUGCAUUUAUCGCUUCCCAGAGAAGAAAGCAACUGAGGAUGAGGCCUCAGAGAAGAAGAUCCCUGAGGCCACCAACCGCCGGGUCUGGGAACUAUCCAAGGCCAAUUCCCGCUUUGCCACCACUUUCUACCAGCACCUGGCAGACUCUAAGAACGACAAUGACAACAUCUUCCUGUCGCCCUUGAGUAUCUCCACAGCUUUUGCAAUGACCAAGCUGGGUGCCUGUAAUGACACCCUCAAGCAGCUGAUGGAGGUUUUUAAGUUUGAUACCAUCUCCGAGAAAACCUCUGAUCAGAUCCACUUCUUCUUUGCCAAACUCAACUGUCGACUCUAUCGAAAAGCCAACAAGUCCUCCAAGUUAGUAUCAGCCAACCGGCUGUUUGGAGACAAAUCCCUGACCUUCAAUGAGACCUACCAGGACAUCAGUGAGGUGGUUUAUGGCGCCAAGCUCCAGCCCCUGGACUUCAAGGAAAAUGCAGAGCUGUCCAGAAAGACCAUCAACAAAUGGGUAGCAAACAAGACAGAAGGCAGGAUCACUGAUGUCAUUCCCAAUGGAGCAAUCGACGAAUUCACCAUUCUGGUGCUGGUCAACACCAUUUACUUCAAGGGCCUGUGGAAGUCAAGGUUCAGCCCUGAGAAUACAAGGGAGGAGCUGUUCUACAAGGCUAAUGGGGAGACGUGUUCCGCGUCUAUGAUGUACCAGGAAGGCAAGUUCCAGUACCGGCGCGUGGCGGAAGGGACCCAGGUGCUGGAGCUGCCCUUCAAGGGUGACGACAUCACCAUGGUGCUCAUCCUGCCCGGACCCGAGAAGAGCCUGGCCAAGGUGGAGCGAGAUCUCACCCCAGAGGUGCUGCAGGAGUGGCUGGACGACCUGGCGGAGGCCAUGCUGGUGGUGCACAUGCCCCGCUUCCGAGUGGAGGAUGGCUUCAGCUUGAAGGAGCGCCUGCAGGACAUGGGCCUAGUUGACCUGUUCGAUCCUGAGAAGUCCAAACUCCCAGGUAUCGUGGCGGAAGGCCGGGACGACCUCUACGUGUCAGACGCGUUCCACAAGGCGUUUCUCGAGGUAAAUGAGGAAGGCAGUGAAGCAGCAGCGAGUACUGGCAUCGUGAUUGCUGGCCGUUCGCUGAACCCCAACAGGGUGACCUUCAAGGCCAACAGGCCCUUCCUGGUUCUUAUAAGGGAAGUUGCCCUCAACACCAUUAUCUUCAUGGGGAGAGUAGCCAACCCUUGUGCUAACUAAAAUAUUCUUAUUCUUCAUGCUUAUUUUGGCUUGUCAACAGAAAUAAAGAUAAAUACAACUGCUCCCAUCUCACAAUCA